GGGGGCCGGCCGAGGCCACUCGCCGCUUUAAAUAUGGAUCGCGGGCUCGCGCUCGCCCUACGGCUUGGGCCGCCUAGCCCAUCCCCGAGCCCGGCGGCGGCUGCAGCGUCGGUUCUCGGCAGGCACACGGAGAGCCGGGCGCACACGCGGGAGCUGCGGGAGGCAGAGUAGGGAGUGGAGCCGCCCCGUUGUCGCCGCUCCCUCCCCGAGGCCGACACCUCCGCUCCGCGUCGCCGCUCCGUCCUCGCCGGGCCGACCCUCCCGCGGCUGCCCUCGCCCCUCGGUCGCCUCCCCGGGCGCAGCGCGCACCCACCCGGCGCCAAAGUUGCGACCGGUGCCCCGCGCGCGCUGCGAGCGGCCGCGCCAACUUCCCAGCCCACGCCGCCCGGGUCCCCGCGGUCCCCCGCCUCCAGCCCCGGCGGCGCGCGGGGCAGAGCUUAGGUGGCGGCGGCGGCCGAGGUGGCGGCGAAAGCGGCGGCGGCAGCAGCGGCGGCGGCCGCUGCAGCCACACACUCAGUCGCCAAGCUGGAGGAGCGACGGAAGCCCGACCCCAGGAGGAUGGAGGAUGAAGCUGUCCUGGACAGAGGGGCUUCGUUCCUUAAACAUGUGUGUGAUGAAGAAGAAGUAGAAGGCCACCACACCAUCUACAUUGGGGUCCAUGUGCCCAAGAGCUACCGGAGAAGGAGACGUCACAAGAGAAAGGCAGGGCACAAGGAAAAGAAGGAAAAGGAAAGAGUCUCUGAGAACUACUCAGACAAAUCCGACGUGGAAAACGCCGAUGAGUCCAGCAGCAGCAUCCUCAAGCCGCUCAUCUCACCUGCCGCAGAACGCAUCCGGUUCAUCUUGGGAGAGGAAGAUGACAGUCCGGCGCCUCCUCAGCUCUUCACUGAACUCGAUGAGCUGCUGUCUGUGGAUGGACAGGAGAUGGAGUGGAAGGAGACAGCGAGGUGGAUUAAGUUUGAAGAAAAAGUGGAGCAGGGUGGGGAACGAUGGAGCAAACCCCAUGUAGCCACGCUGUCUCUGCACAGCUUGUUCGAGCUGAGGACCUGUAUGGAGAAGGGAUCCAUCAUGCUUGACAGGGAGGCCACGUCUCUCCCACAGCUGGUGGAGAUGAUUGCUGACCACCAGAUCGAGACAGGCCUACUGAAGCCUGACCUUAAGGAUAAGGUCACGUACACGUUGCUUCGGAAACACCGACAUCAAACCAAGAAAUCCAACCUCCGGUCCCUGGCUGACAUCGGGAAGACGGUCUCCAGUGCAAGUAGGAUGUUUACCAACCCUGAUAAUGGUAGCCCAGCCAUGACCCAUAGGAAUCUGACUUCCUCCAGUCUGAAUGACAUUUCUGAUAAACCUGAGAAGGACCAGCUGAAGAAUAAAUUUAUGAAAAAGCUGCCACGUGAUGCAGAAGCUUCCAACGUGCUCGUCGGGGAGGUCGACUUCUUGGAUACUCCCUUCAUUGCCUUUGUUCGGCUCCAGCAGGCUGUCAUGCUGGGUGCCCUCACUGAGGUUCCUGUGCCCACCAGGUUCUUGUUCAUUCUCUUAGGUCCAAAGGGGAAAGCCAAGUCCUACCACGAGAUUGGAAGAGCCAUCGCCACCUUGAUGUCUGAUGAGGUGUUUCAUGACAUCGCUUACAAAGCAAAAGAUCGGCACGACCUGAUUGCUGGCAUUGAUGAGUUCCUAGACGAAGUCAUUGUCCUUCCACCUGGGGAAUGGGACCCAGCAAUCAGGAUAGAACCUCCAAAGAGUCUCCCAUCAUCUGACAAAAGAAAGAAUAUGUACUCGGGUGGAGAGAAUGUUCAGAUGAAUGGGGAUACACCUCAUGAUGGAGGACACGGAGGAGGAGGACACGGUGAUUGUGAAGAGCUACAGAGAACUGGCCGGUUCUGCGGUGGAUUAAUUAAGGACAUAAAGAGGAAAGCACCAUUUUUUGCCAGUGACUUUUACGAUGCUUUAAACAUUCAGGCUCUUUCGGCAAUUCUCUUCAUCUACCUGGCAACGGUAACCAACGCCAUCACUUUCGGGGGCCUGCUCGGGGAUGCCACCGACAACAUGCAGGGUGUGUUGGAGAGUUUCCUGGGUACCGCCGUCUCUGGAGCCAUCUUUUGCCUUUUUGCUGGCCAGCCGCUCACCAUUUUGAGCAGCACAGGACCUGUCUUAGUGUUUGAGAGGCUUCUGUUUAAUUUCAGCAAGGACCAUAAUUUUGACUACUUGGAGUUUCGUCUUUGGAUUGGCCUGUGGUCGGCCUUCCUGUGUCUCCUUCUGGUGGCCACUGAUGCCAGCUUCCUGGUUCAGUACUUCACUCGUUUCACGGAAGAAGGUUUCUCCUCUCUGAUCAGCUUCAUCUUCAUCUACGAUGCUUUCAAGAAGAUGAUCAAGCUAGCCGACUACUAUCCUAUCAACUCAGACUUCAAAGUGGGAUACAACACACACUUCUCCUGUGCUUGCCUGCCGCCCGACCCGGUUAACCUCUCAGUGUCCAUCGAUGCCACACCAGCCCCAGAGGACCUGCCCACAGUUUCUGCUACUGACAUGUACCAUAAUGCUACCUUUGACUGGGCCUAUUUGUCAAAGAAGGAGUGUUUGAAGUAUGGAGGAAAACUCGUGGGAAACAACUGUGAUUUUGUUCCCGAUAUCACCCUCAUGUCCUUCAUCCUCUUCCUGGGCACUUACACCUCUUCGAUGGCUAUGAAAAAAUUCAAAACUAGUCGUUACUUUCCAACAACGGCAAGAAAACUGAUCAGUGAUUUUGCCAUUAUCUUGUCUAUUCUCAUAUUCUGUGUAAUAGAUGCCCUAGUAGGUGUGGACACUCCAAAACUAAUUGUGCCAAGCGAGUUCAAGCCAACAAGUCCUAACAGGGGCUGGUUUGUCCCGCCAUUUGGAGGAAACCCCUGGUGGGUGUGCCUUGCCGCUGCUAUCCCGGCUCUGUUAGUCACCAUUCUGAUUUUCAUGGACCAGCAAAUCACAGCUGUCAUUGUGAACAGGAAAGAACAUAAGCUCAAGAAGGGAGCUGGGUACCACCUGGACCUGUUCUGGGUCGCCGUCCUCAUGGUGGUGUGCUCCUUCAUGGCUCUUCCCUGGUAUGUGGCUGCUACUGUCAUCUCCAUUGCUCACAUCGACAGUCUGAAGAUGGAGACCGAGACCUCUGCACCUGGAGAACAACCCAAGUUUCUCGGAGUGAGGGAGCAAAGAGUCACUGGAACCCUUGUGUUUAUUCUGACUGGCCUGUCCGUCUUCAUGGCUCCCAUCUUGAAGUUUAUCCCCAUGCCUGUUUUGUAUGGUGUGUUCCUGUACAUGGGAGUGGCCUCCCUUAACGGUGUGCAGUUCAUGGACCGUCUCAAGCUGCUUCUGAUGCCCCUGAAGCAUCAGCCUGACUUCAUCUACCUGCGCCACGUCCCCCUGCGCCGAGUCCAUCUCUUCACCUUCCUGCAGGUGUUGUGCCUGGCUCUGCUCUGGAUCCUCAAGUCAACAGUGGCUGCUAUUAUUUUUCCAGUCAUGAUCUUGGCACUCGUAGCUGUCAGAAAAGGUAUGGACUACCUCUUCUCCCAGCAUGACCUCAGCUUCCUUGAUGAUGUCAUUCCAGAAAAGGACAAGAAAAAGAAAGAGGAUGAGAAGAAAAAGAAAAAGAAGAAAGGAAGUUUGGAUAGUGACAAUGAUGACUCUGACUGCCCAUACUCAGAAAAGGUCCCCAGUAUUAAAAUUCCAAUGGACAUCAUGGAACAGCAGCCUUUCCUAAGUGAUAAUAAACCCUUGGACAGAGAAAGAUCAUCAACAUUCCUUGAACGCCACACAUCAUGCUGAUAAAAUUCCUUUCCUCGAGUCGCUGGGUAUACCAAGUCCUCCUAGAACUCCAGUGAAAGCUGUGCCUCAAAUUAGAAUAGAACUUGAGCCUGAAGACAAUGAUUAUCCCUGGAGGAACAAGGGAACAGAAACUACAUUGUAACCUGUUUGUCUUUCUCAAAACUGACAGCUGUGUUGUUAACCGCUCUAAUUUUUUUUUCUUUUUCUUUUUCUUUUGUCUGCGUAUUUUAAAACUUUUGUUCGGUCACUGGCUGAAUACUACAGUCACUCUCUCUGCUUUUCUCUUGCAUAGGUAAAAUCAAGACAAUAAUGUCCCUUUCCUUUAAGAAAGAACACAAAAAAGCACCUGGGGGAUCAUGCUUUCGUUUCCAGGUGUUCAGACGCGUCCUCUGACAUGUAAAUCCCUGUCACUCAAGACACACACACAGAGGCUGCCCUUGUCAAGCAGAGAUCAAAAGUAUUAAGCAUUUUGUACCACCUUUUAUGAACCUGUUGAAGGAACUUAUGACCCAAGCUUGGAGCUGUGCUUACUGGCUUGCCAUUGUCUGGUAAAGUGACCCUUGACCUCCAGACUGAGACCCUUCUUGCUUACAGAGCCCCCAAGGCUGGAAGAGUGCUGCUACCCACCUGCCCUUGCUCGUCAGCCCUGAUCUUAGAGUUAUCAAAAGCAGAAAACACUAAUGGUACUUCGCUCCCUGUAGAGAAACCUUUGCCAUCAUUGUAGCAAGUGCUGGAAUGUCCCUUUUCCUAUGCAACUUUUUUAACCCUUUAAUGAACUUAUCUGUUGAGUACAUCGAAGAAUAUUUUUCUUCCUAGAUUUUGUUGUUUAAAUUAUGGGGCCUAACCUGCAACUUAUUUUUUGUCAAUUUUUUAAACUUUUUUUUAAUUACUGUAAAGAAAAUGAAUUUUUUUCCUGCAGCAGGAAACAUAGUUUUGAGUAGUUCUACCUCUUACCUGUAGCUGCCAGGCUUUCUGUAAAAAUUGUAUUGUAUAUAAUGUGAUUUUUACACACACACACACACACACACACACACACACACACACACACACACAAGCCAGAAGGCUAGAACAAAUUAAAAGAAAAACAAAACACCAUGUUUCUAAGAAUCUGUUGGGUUGCUGUUUUUUCCCCUUUCUUCAAAAUCACUGUAACUGUUGUGUGAAGGAGUUGGGGAGAGAAGGAGCGGAAGAGGGUUAACUCACGCGGCGGGGAUGGUCAUGCUGGGAGCAGAUGCUGGUGUGCGGCAUGUCCAUGUCCCGUGCAGUAUUGGUAAAGAUUUCCUCAUUUGAAUAAUUUGUGUGCUUGUGUGUGAACUCUGUGUGUGGCUGUUGCACACUUGUGCAGAGUCAGCUAAAGAGUGACAGUAGACAGAAGAGAAACUUGCCAAGCCCCUUGUGUCCGUUUCCAUAAAACCAAACCACUGCUGAAAAACCUCCUUAGAGCCAAGAAAUUCAUCACGGAAAUUCAGGUGAAUAUAUCUUAGUAAUUACUCAGACAUUGAUCAACAUCACAGAUACAGUUCACGUCUGUAUUUCCAGUACAAAAGCCAUAAGAAUAUUAACAGCCCCGUCACGCAUCUAUAACGGGAAGAAUGCACAUAGAUCUACAAAGACAGUUUAAAGGGCUCAGGUACAUGGGUUUAUAGAACACGGUGGUUGGAUCACUUAGAAUAUAUAUGUGUGUGUAUGUGUGUGUAUGUAUGUGUUUCAUUAUACCGUGUUAACCUUUAUGAGCCAAACUGACUGUGGCAUUUGAUUUUUAGUAAGUCCCAUUAUAUACUGAGUGUAUAUUAAAAUAACAGUUUAGAUAUGAAAUCCACACUUUGGGAUUUGUAUAACAACAGUUGUAAUGUAUACUCACUGUCAGGCAUUACUAAAAGAAUUAGAGAAGCAGAAAUGAACCACAUUUUGGUUCUGUGGUGUGCUCUUAUGGACCCCCAAUUUCUUAUAGUAACUAAAAUAUAAUUCUGCUCUCCUAAAAUUUUGAUGAUAAGAGUUCUAUUAUCUUAAGUUAACUGUUAUUUUUACAGUAUUUGGUCAUCUUAAAACUUUAAAUUUUAUAGAAAUUAAGCAGAAAUGACAUCAUAAAUAAUCAUUGGAAUGAUAGAAAAUGACAUGGUAUUUGUAAACAUCUCAAGUGAUGAUUUUUACAUCACAUUUGUAUCCAGAGCUAUUAAAUGAUAAGAUGGUUAUCGUGUCUUGCCUAGUUUUCUAUUAAACCAUGUAAGUAAUCUUACCUUUUUAGUGAUAGAAACCUCAGUAGAAUGUUUAAAGGCAUGCGUAGUAAAGGCGAGUCCUUCUUGAUGUUAAAUCAAAGACACUUUGUUUACUUUUCUGAAAUCUCUGGAGAUAUAUGUAUAUGUUUAUAUAUUAUACAUAUACACGCACUGAUAUAUUCUAAUUAUGAAUCAAAUUUAUUUAGAGAUCCAUGGUCCCUUUCCUCCUUUUCUGAGUGUUCCUGAAGUAUCUAAUUCAGGAUUCAGUUCAAUAAAAUCCUUAUUUUUUUGACUGGGUGGAUGGUUAGCACUCACGAAAUGAACAUAAAGUCAUACCUUCCUUUUGCUGCGAGGAAGAGUUAGCACCAUGCCCUCUCAUGACUCCUGUAGUUCCCGCACUAACCAGCAGAUCCCCAAAUCUCCAUGGAAACACCCCAUUAUCUGAAUCUGGCUGAAUCUGCUUCUUGGCUGAUAACUAACCAGAUUUUAGGGUGGUUUUGUUUCUAUGUAAACUGGACACAAAUGUAGCAAUGGAUUCUUUAUAAUGCCUUCCUACCCUUCCUUCCUGGCUGUGAAUUUGGAGAUUUAUGUUUCUUGAAGACUCAGAGGUGUUGAACAGGAAUACUGUGGUUGUGCAGACUGACUGUGCAAAGGAAGAUCUGUGGGCUGAACCUGCCUAUCAAGGCAUGAGGCCUGCGCUUGCAGAAGCCUUUGGCGAUGCUGUUCCUUUCCUACUGUGUGCAAAAACUACUUGGAAUCUAACCGUUUUGUGUGUCGGAGCCUGUGUUGUUUGAGCUUCUCCUUCCAGUAAAGUUGAGGGAUGGGGCUGGGAAGUACUCCCUUGAGAAGAGGUAAAGAAAACCUCCCUCCUCAUCCCCCACCUAAAAGAAGGGGUGUCUGCUGUCAGUAAUUCAGCUUCUGUGCAUUUUGGGCACAUGUAACAACACACACAGAGUAAAACCAUUGUUGGCUAUGUGUUGGUGUUUAAUAGAGCAAAUGAUUGUCUUCCAUGUUUUUGUUUCUUUUUUUUUUAACUGUGUUAAAGUACUUGAAAUGUAUCGACUGCUGACUAUCUUUCAAAAACAAAACCAUUUGAGUUAUAUUGCAGAGGUUGGCAUUGAUCGGACAUGGGACAAAGUUUUCUUCAAUCUUUUUCAAACCACUUCAUGAUUUUGGUGCAAGAACCUGAGAUGCUCUUCUUUCUAGCCUGUGCUAUUCCCGUCUGCUCUCAUCGCACUAAGUGACUGGAGACAGUCAGCAGACAGCAGCUCCUCCCUGUCAGAGGAGCCUUGGGAACGUGCAGAUGACUUCACUGAGCUUCUUGGCAGCCUGAAAUGAAAACCCUUUUGUAAUACCUGUGAAUCUGGCGACUCGCGUGUUGACCAGAGAUUUGGAUAUAGCUUAUUCCUGGUUCAUUUCAUUGUGCUCUAUGGAUACACACAAGAAUCCUGAAUUCUGUUUCCUAGGCAAAUACUGCAACUCAGGGCUAAUGUCACCCAGUGAAUCCUUAGAGUCUGAAGUAACUUUGUCCCAGGCCGGCAAUGCGCAGCGAUGCAGACUUGCCUCCUUGCAGCCAUUUCCAGGGCUGGUCCAUAUCCAUACACAUCACUGCUCACGAUCAGUACGCACUUUCAGAUAGUCUUAUUUUUAUUCUCUUAAGUCUUUAUUAACUUUGGAGAAAUGAUGCAUCUUUUUUUUUUAAAUGAAGUAGAUCAACAUGGUGGAACAAAAUGAUAAAGAACAGAAAACAUUUCAAUAUAUUACUAAUAAUCUUUUUCCAAUAUGAAACCUAAAAUUCCUAUAACAUAGUAUUUUACAGUUUUAUGAAGCUUUCUAUUGUGACUUUUAUGGAAUUAAGAGAUGAAGAAGAUGAGAUAUUUUAGCAUUUAUAUUUUUCAAAAUUAAAUGUAUACUUAAAAUAAAGUAACUUUAUGCA